UUCUUCUAACUCUUCCUCACCUCUCAUAAAUUCCUUUCCAUGGAUAUCGCCUCCUCAUCAUACAAACUACCACGGAAGUACGAUGUGCUCAUCAACUUCACUGGAGAAGACAUCCACAGAAAAUUUGUUUCUCAUCUCAAUUCUGCCUUCUCUACUGUUGGUCUCACCACUUUCCUUCAUCACCCCAAUGCAGUAAACACAACUCACAUCCAACAACCUAUUCUCAGCCACUGUCGUGUAGCAAUUGUUAUUUUCACCCAAACCUAUUCUCAAUCUGCUUGGUGUCUUAAUCAGCUUCUACAAAUCAUCAAAUGGCACCAAACUUAUUGCAGACAUGUUCUGCCUGUAUAUUAUGAAAUCCAGCCAUCUGAUGUACGUCUUCAGAAGGGUGACUUUGGAAAAGCCUUGAAGGAAACUGCACAACAAACAUUUUCAGGACAAGAACUGGAUCAUGGCAUGUCCAGGUGGAGCCAUGCACUCACCAAAGCUGCAAAUUUCUUUGGAUGGGAUGAGAGCAGUUACCGGAGUGAUGCUGAACUAGUGGACAAAAUUGUAAAGAGCGUUGUUAAUUUACCAGUCUUGUCUGCUACUAAAUUUCCAGUUGGAUUACAAUCCCACGUGGAAGAUCUGAUUCGAACUAUCAAAAAUAAAUCCACUGAAGUUUGUAUUAUAGAGAUAUUAGGAGAGCAGGGAUCUGGUAAAACAACUCUUGCCAAAGCGAUCUAUAAUCAAAUUCAUUGGACAUUCAAGGAGAAAAGUUUCAUUAAAAAUACUUCACAUGUUACCGGAAUAAGAGGGCAACUUCGUUUACAAGAACAACUUCUUUUAGAUGUCCUAAAACAAAAAGUGGAGAUUCCUAGCGUUGAUGUGGGAAGAACUAUGAUUCGAGAAAGACUUUUAGGAAAAAUGGUUCUCAUUGUACUUGACGAUGUUAAUUACUUUACUUUAUUUGAUGUAUGUGAUUGUCGUAAAUUGUUAGUUGAAGGAACUGUUAUAAUCGUUACAUCAACAUAUGGAAUACGGUUGGGAGAUCAAGCUAAUUCUGUCUUUUGGUUAGAGGGAAUGAACACAGAAGAGUCCCUUGAGCUUCUUAGUUGGCACGCAUUUAGAGAACCAAAACCAAAAGAAGAAUACGAAGACCUUGCAAGAAGAGUUGUUAGUUAUUGUGAAGGACUACCACUCGCUCUUGAAGUCGUUGGAAGUAGUUUAUUUGAAAAGACCAAAGAAGAAUGGAACAAUUUAUUGUUUGCGAUAUAUGGCAUGCGUUGUGUUCCAAAGAUAAUAAAAAUAAGCAUCGAAGGUUCACUGAAUGAAAUGGAAAAAGAUAUAUUCCUUAAUAUAUGUUAUUUCUAUGUUGGUAAGAGCAGAGGCUAUGUUAGGAAGAUCCUAAAUGGCUGUGGAGUAGACGCUGAUAUUGGAAUAAGAGUUCUCAUCCAACGUAACCUCAUCAAAAUUAACAAGAACAACAAAUUUGGAAUGCAUCAUUUGCUACAAAACAUCGGAAUGAAAAUUAUUCAUGAAAAUUCAGGAAAGGAUCUUGGGAAGAACAGGCGACUGUGGUUUGAUAAGGAUGCAAAAUAUGUAAGAACAUUCUUUACAUGUGGUUUGAAACAGGGGACAGAAGCCAUGCAGUGGUUGCCUGUCAAUGCCUUCGUUUUGAGAUCGCUAAAAGUCCUUAACCUCAGUCAUUCCGAGUAUUUAACUACAACCCCUGACUUUACAGGAUUACCAAGUCUUGAACAGCUCAUUUUCAAAUAUUGUUCGAGAUUGAGCAAAGUACACCAAUCUAUUGGAUCACUCAACAGUCUUAUACUGCUAAAUUUGAAAUACUGUACAAGUCUAAACAAUCUUCCAACUGAGAUAUAUGAGUUGAAAUCUUUAAGAACCUUCAUUUUGUCUGGUUGUUCCAAGAUUGACAUAAUGGAUAAAGAUAUAGCAAAGUUGGAAUCCUUGAUAACUCUAAUUGCUGAAAAUACAGCUGUGAAAGAAGUGCCUUUUUCAAUUGUAAGCUCAAAAAGCAUUGGAUAUAUAUCCCUAAGUGGAUUUGAGGGAUUAUCUCAUAAUCUUUUUCCUUCUAUCAUUCGGUCUUGGAUGUCCCCAAUAAUGAAUCCCAUCUCUUAUAUUCAUUCGCUUUGCAUGGAUACUGAGGAUAAUACGAUUGAUAUUGCACCAUUGCUUAGCACCCUUUCAAAUAUUCGAAUUCGGAAAGCUCUUUAUGGUCUCAAAUAG